AUGGCGGUCUCUGCAGGCAGUGAGCCGCGCGGGCGCUCCGGCGGCCUCCCCGGCGGGGUGGGGACGUCCAACAGCCCGCUGCCUAUGAACCUCUUCGCGGCCUGGGAGAUCGACGGUUCGAGCCCCAGCUGCGUCCCGCGGUUGUGCAGUUUGACUUUGAAGAAACUGAUAGUGUUAAAAGAGCUGGAUAAGGAUCUAAUUUCUGUGGUAAUUGCAGUCAAAAUGCAGGUACAUCUGGUGGGGGCUUAGGAGAGAGACUUUCUGUUGUUCCUCCCAGAUUUUGGAACUCCCUCCCACAGGAGACCACACUGGCC